AUGGGCCAGAACUGCUGCAAGCCUAAAUACUGGCACGACGAGCUCCUCGGGGCGGUCACGUUCGGCCCGCGCGUGGGAUGCCAAGAGAUCGGAUGUGGGAGUACCUACCACUGGGACGAUCUGGGCAACGUCGCGUGGAGGUUUAAAGACAAGGCGUGGAAAAGGGGUGGCGCCUUGCGCGUCGAGCUCGAGGAGUUCUUGGACCGCGCGAUGGAGCGAACGGAAGGCGCGGUGGAAGAGCCUCGUCUCAAGUGUACCGCGAGCGCGUGCUGUUGCGGCGGCUGCUGGAACCCGGAUUUCGUCACGCCCGAAUUGGUCGAAGAAUUCAGCAAAGUGUUGGAGGAAAACAAAAACAAGAAGCUCUCCGAUAUGGGUCUUCAGUGUAGGGCAAUGUGUCUCGGAGUACGCGGUGGUCAUGGUGCGACCCCUACGUUGUUCGUAUUGGUGGAAAAAGUUGGAGAUUACGAACGAUUCACUCCGAGCGAAUCGUACGCGAUCGACCGCACGUGCGUAUGCUUAUGA